GUUAUCCAUUUUCAUAUUCAAAUCUUUCAUAACUCAAUUCCACCAUUAUUCUCUCUCUCUCUCUCUCUUCUAUACUUUACCCUCCAAAUCCUACCUCAAUCAUUGCCUCUCUUUUCGCCUCUGAUUCUCCCCCAGAUCUCUCUCUUGCGGAGGCGCUGUACUUACAUAAGCCACAAAAUACUAACCACGGCGCUUGGCGGAGUGAUUUUUUUUAGCGGUUUCGGCUAUGCGUGAGUGAAGUUAGGGUUUUGGCAGGGGAGAUAAUGGCGUGCGCGAGCGGUGGUCAAUCGGAGCAGUUCCCGGAGGGGCUUAGGGUUUUAGUGGUCGACGAUGACGUCAUCUGCCUGCGUGUUGUGGAGCAAAUGCUACGGAAGUGCAUGUAUAAUGGUUAGUAAUUUUGAGGAUUUUCGUCUGCGUGUGCUGUGCUGCUGAGUGAGUGUUACCAGUUGUUCGCAAGCUACAGUUGCUUUGAACUUAUUGCGGGAAAGGAAAGGCUCUUUUGAUAUAGUUCUGAGUGAUGUUCACAUGCCUGACAUGGAUGGCUUCAAACUUCUUGAGCUAGUUGGACUGGAAAUGGGCCUUCCUGUAAUAAUGAUGUCAGCCGAUGGAAGAACUAAUCUGGUCUUGCGUGGAGUAAGACACGGAGCUUGUGAUUACUUAAUUAAGCCUAUCAGGGAUGAAGAAUUAAAGAAUAUUUGGCAGCAUGUUGUUAGGAAAAAACAGAAUGAAAUGAAAGAACAUGACCAUUCGUGUAGCAUGGAAGACCAUGAUCGUCCAAAACGAGCAAUUGAUGAUACUGAAUAUGCUUCUUCUGUGAAUGAAGGGGCAGGGGCUGACGAGGUUUACAAAACGCAAAAGAAAAGAAGAGACUCUAAAGAUGAAGAUGAUGAAACAGAUAAUGAUGACCCUACCACAUCAAAGAAGGCUCGUGUAGUCUGGUCAGUAGAGCUCCAUCAGCAAUUCGUCACUGCUGUAAAUCAGCUUGGGAUUGACAAGGCUGUACCAAAGAGAAUUCUUGAAUUGAUGAAUGUUCCUGGGUUGACGAGGGAAAAUGUCGCUAGUCAUUUACAGAAAUUUAGAUUGUACUUGAAGAGGUUGAGUGGAGUAGCUCAUCAACAGGCUGGCCUUGCUUCUUAUUGUGGGCCAGUAGAUCAGAACCUGAAACUUGCUUCACUUGGAAGGAUAGAGUUUCAAGCAUUGGCAGCUUCUGGCCAAUUUCCUCCACAGACAUUAGCAGCUCUACAUUCUGAGCUUUCUCGACCCACCGGAAACUUAAUCUUGCCAGGGAUGGAUCAGAGAACUCUGCUACAUGCAUCCCUUCAAGGGUCUAAAUGUGUUUCUGUGGAUCGGGUUGCUUAUGCUCAACCUCUGAUAAAAUGUUCAUCCAACAUUGGAAAACAAAGUCCUCAGCCUCUUAGGUCCAAUGGCGAUGUGCAACCAGAAUUUGCUGUCUGCUCAUCGAAGAACCUUGGUGACAUUGUACCAGCCUGUAAUCUUGGCACUGUUGCAGAAACAAACGGUUUGUUAAGCUUUGUACAGCAACACCAGAAACAAUCUGUGAUGCCAGAAUCAAGUCGUUCAAUCAAUGUGCAACCUUCUUGCCUAGUAGUUCCAUCCCAAUCUUUACCAAAUCAUCAAACAGGAAAUAGUCCUGCUUCUGUCAAUCAAAAUUGUAGCUCUAGAAAUUCUGCAGUAGAUUACAAUAACCCCUUUAUUCAAUCAAAUAAUUCGUUAGGUAUUGGGCAAGUCUUGGGAGUGGAAUGUAAAGCGGUUAGUGUUCCUUCUGAGUUUGGGGCUGAAGCUUCUGUUUCGUCUACAUCAUCUUGCUCAACAAAUGUACAACAAAGCUCUUGUCAAAGAGUUCGGAGCUCACCCUAUGCGAUCAAUGCUGUCAUGCAGCCCCCUAACAUGACCUUUGUGCAAGGUUCUUACAAUGGUCCACUGAAUUUGGUGCAAGGAUCAGCAGGAAAUCCUGUAUACAUAGGUACAGGAACGUCCAUACCUAGUCGCUUUGCUGUCAAUGAACAAGAAUUGCGAAUGUGCAACGUAAGUCAAGUGAGAUCUUAUGUUGAGAGUAGUAGCAAAAAAGUGAAGCAGGAGCCAAAUAUGGAUCUGAUGGAAAAUAUUAAAUUGGGAAUCCCAGUAAAGCAGCACUUUUCCCAAAAUGAUCUGAUGAGUGUUUUCUCGGACUAGGUAAUUGGGCUGCGAAGACAUGUCAGAACGAAAUAUCAGGUUUCAUGACGAAGCCGGGUGCUGUAUUGGCAGAUUAGAACCUGGUGGGAUUUGCGAAGUAACACAAUAUGUUGGAUGCACAAGUAAGUAUAGCUUCCCACCUAUAUAAUUUAGGGAAUAAAUUGAAAAUCUCGUUAGCUUGUAAUGUUUAUAUACUCCUAUGAAUCUUGUAGCAGCCGGCUGUGAAGUGUGUAGUUGCUGGGUUGGAUAUUGGUCUUAGAAUUUGUAAUUUAUUCAUUUACUUAUUCGGUAGCAGUAUAGUUUAGCUCUAGCUAGGCUUUCAGACUUCCAUAUAUCAUGUGUUGAAGGAACCUAUCAAAUUUCUUUAAGAUUGGAUAGGAUCUAUAUUGUAGUUAGUGUAUGAUAUUUGCUGUUAAAA